CCCGAAAUAAACAAAUUGGGGUCCUCUUUAGCCAUAUGCUAACGGCAGAGACAGGCUUACAAUAGAUAGACAAUUUCGCUCAUUUGAACAAAUCGGUGAAGGAAAAAAACAACAUCCUCGUUGUAUAUUAGACGAGGAAUGUUGAACAAACUACCGUUCUAUCGGUUGGAUCACUUACGUCCCUAACGGCCCAUUAUUUUUCUUUUCCAACGACGAAGGGUGUAUUUUCUUCGGUCGCGCUAACGGAGCUAAGACGAAACGCAAUUUACUUCAUUUUCAUAUUCAUCCGAAAAAUACCUGGUGGCUUUUGUUUGGAGGGGUUCAUGAGCAUCAAUGUCGGGCAUUGCGCUUAGCAGAUUGUCCCAGGAGCGCAAAGCAUGGAGAAAAGACCACCCGUUUGGUUUUGUCGCUGUCCCUACCAAGAAUCCAGAUGGAACCAUGAAUCUGAUGAAUUGGGAAUGUGCCAUUCCUGGAAAGAAAGGCACCUUGUGGGAGGGAGGACUGUAUAAACUCAGGAUGCUCUUUAAGGAUGACUACCCCUCUUCUCCACCCAAAUGCAAGUUUGAGCCACCAAUAUUCCAUCCAAAUGUCUACCCAUCCGGUACAGUGUGUCUGUCCAUCCUGGAGGAGGACAAAGAUUGGAGGCCUGCCAUCACCAUCAAACAGAUCCUGUUGGGAAUCCAGGAGCUGCUGAACGAGCCCAACAUUCAAGACCCAGCGCAAGCAGAAGCUUACACCAUUUACUGUCAGAACCGGAUGGACUACGAGAAGCGAGUGAGGGCCCAGGCCAAGAAGUUUGCCCCGACAUAAAUGUGGCACGACAGUUUGACUUGAUGGAACCUGAAGGACCACUCCAACACAAGGAUAAAUAAACUUUUCUGUACUAUUAAGCCAUUUCAUAGGUGGCAUGUUCAAAGAUAACCCCCAGCAUUUGUAGAUUGGUUGUAAUCUAAAAGAGUAAGAAGGAAGCAGGCCUCCCUCCGUCCAGCCACAACAAGGAGGGAAGCGUUAGAACAACAAGGUCACGCUUUAUUCAACCGGUCGGUGUCAAUUUCGCCGCAAAUUAUCUCCACGCACGUUUGGGAACAAGCAAAAAGGCCCGUGAGUUUUUGCCAAGAAAGAAGUCAGCGUGUGUAUAUACUAUAAAUAAAGAAAAAUUGUGAAAGUUAUGUUUUAUAUUGUUUUAGCCAGUUGACAUUUGUGCGUGGUAUUAUAACAAAGAACGUGAAAUAAAAUUGAAUAAAAGACAA